UGGCCCAUGCUUCCAUUUGGUCCGGGAACGAGCCGCGCCGCACCAGGCUCGCUCGCAUCGCACCCCAUCCGACCACGACCUUCCCGGCGGCGAUGUUCCUGCGGCGACUCAGCACGUCGGCCUCCGCCGCCCUCCGACGCCGCCGCCGCGGCGCCAACGACGACGGGGUCCUGGCCGCCGUGCGCGCCGAGAUCGCCCACGAGCUCUCCUCCGACUCCAACGACUCCUCGCCUUCCCUCCACCCGCAGGACGAGAUCCCCGGCUUCGCCACCGUGUCGGACGCGCCGCGCGCGCAGGACCUGCUCCUGCGCCGCUGCCAUCGGGACAGCGGGCCCGCCGAGGAGGUCCUCGUGUCGGCGCUGCUAGCCCCGCUGCGGUUCGACGGCGACGAGCCGCUCCCCAGGGACGCGCUCAUGAAGGUGUUCGUCUGCAAGCCUGGAGUGGCGCCGCUGCUGCGCUUCGACUGCCAUGCGGCGGCGGCGGCGGCGGGUGACGGCGAUGCAGCUGCUGGCUACGAUAUUACUGCCUUUUCCUAUCACGAGUUUCCCGGCGACGACGGAGAAAGCAAGUAUGAAGGGCCGAGUUUCGGAGAUUUGGAUCCUGAGCUACAGGCUGCACUGAAAGAAUACCUGACUGCAAGAGGCGUGAACUCCGAACUGGCCAGCUCGCUCCGUCAACACUUGCUUCGGAAGGAGCGCGUCCAGUACGUGAACUGGCUCAGAACAUUGGAAGGGUUGUUCACCAAAGAUCGCUGAGUUAGCCGAAAAAGAAAAAGGAAAUACUAUCACUGAGACACUGACCUAAUCCUAGUCUCUAUUUAACUUUUGGGUCGUCAGACGGUCGGUCUAUGAAGUCUUCGUUAUGAUGAUUCUUGUCGAGUUAUUUGAAGUUUGAUCGCCGGCUGCACGUCUUGUUUUGACUGGCUGUGAAGGUGGAUUUAUGAACAAAGGUGUCCUUCGUGCUAUGGUUGCUUCUUUGCUUGGUCGCUUAUAGACCGUCGUUAAUAACUUUCUAAUACCAA